CGCUCAAAUGGUUGACAAGCAGCAGCCCGCGAGUUUCGGCUAAAUUCGCAGUUUAUAUUUUCACUUCAGAAGCAGAUACUGACAUUAGCCGUUGGUGAAAACUGUACAACGUCAGAUUAAACAAUGGACACGCAAUCGUACUUACCCGUGCCUCCGGGAGUCGGGAUGGAGGAGAACUUCUUUUCUUUGGACGAUAUUUUGCUGUCGCAUGAGCGGCUACCAUGUCGGCUAGAGACAACUUUUCCUCGCCUCGGAUUCCUUGAGAAAUCUAGCGAAACUCAUGACAUUCCAGAGGGCACUAAGAUGGAGCUGCCACUGUGGGUGGCUAAAGGCCUGUAUGAGCAGAAGAGGAAGGUUGUGGCAGUAGAGCUCCCCAAGGUGUACCGUGAGGGCUGGAGAACGGUGUUCGGAGCUGACCCCAAUGUGGUGGAUCUGCACAAGAUGGGGCCUUACUACUACGGGCUGGGCUCUCAGCUGCUUCACUUCGACAGCCCGGAGAACGCAGAGGUGGCACAGGCAAUCUUACAGACGUUUAUCGGGCGUUUCCGGCGGAUUAUGGACUCGUCUCAGAAUGCGUACGACAAGGACACGUCUGCGCUGGUGGAGCGGCUGGACUGCCUGGAGCGGACGCUGUUUAGGGCCGGGCAGAACGGCCUCAACGCCUUCCAGCGCUGGGAGAAAGGACACGCACACCUGACCGCCUCCAGCCUCGUUAUGAACUACCGCAAGAGGAAACUGGCUGAUAUGAGUGUUUAAACACACACACACACACACACACACACACACACACACACACACACCGCUUACACACACACACACACACACACACACACACACACACACACACACAUAUGCAUGCAUACACACUCAUGCACUCCCUCAUCAGGGAGAAUAAUGAACUUGCAAACAAGCUCACCCACAUUUGAUGACGUGCUUACGUGCAUACACACACAUCCUCCCAGGACAUUGUAAGAUGGCCAACACGUACAACAGGGUCCACAUCCACAGACUUAUUUUGAGACCGUAGACAUACCACACACACACACAUACACACACACACACACACCUCUCGUUCGAACCUUCGUUCUUUCUAAAAUGUAAAAAGUACUUAUGUCUAUAUCAUUGUUUCAAAAUGUAUUUCUUUUUUUUCUGUGUAUGUGUUUUUGAAUUGUAGCCACUGCAAACAGCAUAGCAGUGGUAUAUUAAAAUGUUUUCUAAUC